AUGCCUCUUUUGUUCAGCUCAUACAAAUUCUCCUCUUCUCUCUUCUCCUCUCUCUUCAUCUUCUCAUCUUCGACAGACAUACCUGCGGUUCUCAUCCUAUCGCUUCUCCUUCUCCAUCGAAUCGGAGCCUUUGUGGAUACCGACUUUGACGACCACAUGACAAUCGAGAAGCACGGUAUCCAGGACACUUUAAGUCUCUGUGCCUUUCGUCUAUUGUCUGAAAGUCGCAUCGCCCACGGCUUCUAA